AUGUGCAGAGUAAAACUUUCUAUUCAUGCUUUGAGUUUCGUGUUGUGUAUUGAAGAGGCAUUCUGUCUAUAUGCACAAACUAAAGCUGUCUGUGUUCACGCAGUGAAGCCGGGUCAAUGUCCUAUACCGGAGAUGAUUCCACUGUGUGCUGAAAGCUGUUUACAUGAUGGCCAGUGUCCUACCACACAGAAAUGUUGCCCAACCACCGGUGGCUUUGCAUGCAGUGAACCACGUGGUCAGGGAAGAGGUCAGGCAAGUUGCCAGGGGAGCGGUCUUGGCCAGGGAAGCGGCAUGGGGAGUGGUCUGGGGAGCGGUCUUGGCCAGGGAAGCGGCAUGGGGAGUGGUCUGGGGAGCGGUCUUGGCCAGGGAAGCAGUAUGAGAAGUGGCCUGGGAAGUGGUAUGGGAAGCGGUCUUGGCCAGGGAAGCGGUAUGGGAAGCAGCAAGGGAAGAGUAUGGGAAGCAGCCAGGGGGACCGGUCUUGGCCAGGGAAGGGGUAUGGGAAGUGGUCUUGGCCAGGGAAGGGGUAUGGGAAGUGGUCUUUGCCAGGGAAGCGGUAUGGGAAGCAACAAGGGAAGGGUAUGGGAAGCAGCCAGGGGGACCGGUCUUGGCCAGGGAAGCGGUAUGGGAAGCAGCAAGGGAAGGGGUAUGGGAAGCAGCCAGGGGAGCGGUUUUGGCCAGGGAAGGGGUAUGGGAAGUGGUCUUGGCCAGGGAAGCGGUAUAAGAAGCGGUCUUGGCCAGGGAAGCGGUAUGGGAAGCAGCAAGGGAAGGGGUAUGGGAAGCAGCCAGGGGAGCGGUCUUGGCCAGGCAAGCGGUAUGGGAAGCAGCAAGGGAAGGGGUAUGGGAAGCAGCCAGGGGUGCGGUCUUGUCCAGGGAAGGGGUAUGGGAAGCGGUCUUGGUCAGGGAAGCGGUAUGGGAAGCAGCAAGGGAAGGGGUAUGGGAAGCAGCCAGCGGAGCGGUCUUGGCCAGGGAGGGGGUAUAGGAAGCGGCCAGGGAAGGGGUAUGGGAAGCAGCCAGGGGAGCGGUCUUGGCCAGGGAAGCGGUAUGGGGAGCGGUCUUGGCAAGGGGAGCAGCAUGGGAAGCGGUCUUGGCCAGGGAAGGGGUAUGGGAAGCAGCAAGGGAAGGGGUAUGUGGGUGGAGCGAGCCGUUGCCAUCUUGGCAGCGCGCACGUCACUCCCGCGUAAUCGAAAAUGGGCAAAAAGGUGGGAGCUGGUUGGUGAAGCCACGCCCACCCUAGCUCGAUGGCAGUGUCAGCAGCAUAGACUGUAUAAAAACCGAGCAGCAACCUCUUCAAAAUGCUCUUCAGGAGUCUAUGGGUGAUGUCAAGGACACUACGUCCAUGUUUUUAUCAUAGACUGUAUCCACUAUGGGUGAGACUUACGGUUCAUUAUCCGCCAUAGGUAAAUAACGAGGAAAAUAACAAUGAACAGUAAAUGGUAAAACUGUUUGCACUACAAACCAAGAUAAUGCAUUAAAAUAAUAUGAUAAGACGCACCAAAUUUCAGUAUCAAGCAGCAAAACGAACUGUUUUGUUCAAAUAAAAAAUAGCUGGACAGAGUGGACGCAGAUGAGACCGGAAGCCAGACCCAUAGAAUUUACAAAUAGCCACGCCCAUUUUUACGACAAGAAAAGGUGGAUAAAAACAUGUACAUAGUAUCCGUGACGUCACCCAUGGACUCCUGAAGAGCGUUUUUGAAGCUUAAAGUGUGCAGAGCAGGCCGUUGCCAUCUAUUCUCCCCCAGAUAAUCGAAAAUGGGCAAAAAGGCGGGAGCUGGUUAAUGAAGCCACGCCCACCUAGCCCGACGGCAGUGUCAGCAGCGGCAAUCCACCUGUCACUCAA